AUGUCUGUACACUUCAAUCCUCGCUCAAGAGAGGUGUACCUACGGCUUCCAUCCCCACACAACCAAAUCAUCAUCACUCCACACCGACCGGACCAAGUUGAAGAAACAGCAGCGGUCUUGACAAAUAUUCUCAACGACCCAGGCGUGUACCCAUGGCUAGAAGGGCCACCAUAUCCAUACCUCCAUGAAAAUGGUAAAGAAUGGGUUUUAAGCCAGUGUAGAGCAACUGAGCCUGUUGUUAGAGCUCUACAAACAGAAUUUGAAAGCAGUGUUAGUAGGGAGAUCCAGCCAUUCUUCGAUAUCUGUCCCUUCACAUGUAUCCGUGAGAUCCAGGAAGAAGGUUGUGAUGGUCAUCCACUCAAGGAUACCCUGAUCGGUGAUAUCGGCCUGAGUCGGUACUUGUUCUAUGAGCAUCCGGUUGGAAGUGAAGAGCGUGCAGCUGCACAGCAGCGCAAUAAUGCGUUCCUAGCAGGAAAUGAAGGGAUUGUUUGGGGUCUAGGUGACUUCUUGAAACCUUCACAUCACGGUCAUGGAAUCAUGACCUAUGCUAUGCGAACUCUCAUUUCAAACUGGGGUGUGCCUCGCAUGAACAUCCAUGAUCUGAGAAGCUCAGCUUUUGUUGAGAACCAGGGUAGCUUGAAAGUGUUUGAAAAGAACAACUUUGAGAGGAUCUGCACACUUAAUGAUUGGUCGCCAGUGUCUGAGAGCCGUGGAGGAGGUAGACGUUCCAUUGUGGUUGUCAGAUGGCGUGGUCCUGUAUAA